UCUGUAACGUAGUCGUGUUGCUAUUUUAAUUCAAUCUAACAUAUUAUAUAUAUAGACGCAGUACAGGUUACAUUAUAUCCAAUUUUUGAAUUAAGUUCUCUACUCAAUCACUUGUCCACUCUCCACGUCCAAUUAAGUACAUAUUCUUUUGAAUGAAACUGAUUUAUUAGUGGUCAGUUGCGGUGUUUCUUUGAAUGAUUUAUUUGUUGUGAAAAGUGUUUAAGAUCGACUUACUACGAACGUAAUCAUCAGUCAUAUCACAUAUUUCGUUAUCAACGGACGCUUUUGGCUAGAACAUUCAAAAUUCAAUUCAAUUAAAUUUUCUUUUAAAAAAUGGAUCCACGAGAAGUUGAAAUGAUUUCCAUCGUAAAUAUGCAAGAAGUCCCAGAGGAAAUAAAAAAAGAGAUUCAGGACAUCGAAAGUGGUGUUAAAUUGCCUCCGAGUGAAUUAAAAAAAUUGAAAAUCAUCGAAGAUGCAGUGGUUCAAGAACCGGAAGAUGAAGAGGUAGACGAGCUAUUGCAACCGGGGAAGAAAAUCAAACCAGAUGUCACGGAAUCGGAAGCAAUUAAAUUGGCUGAGCGACUAUACGGUAUUGUGACAAAGGAUAUUGUCGAAUUGAAUUCGUAUGAUGAUCGCAAUUUUCUGAUACAUUCCGAUAGAAACAUCAAAAAUCCAAUUAUCCCAAAUUACUGGGAACCUGGCUACGUCCUCAAAGUUCAAAACACUUUGGACUCGAAGAAGAAAUCGUUUGUCGAUGGCCAAACGCAAUUGAUGCUGUUCUUGUCCCAGCAAAACAUUAAGUGCACCAAGCCGGUGAUGAACAUAUUCGGAAAGCACUUUUCGACCGAGAAAAUCGGCGAAUCAUCCCAUGUGGUACGGCUGUUGGAAUACCAGCCGGGAACGGUAUUUGCAGCAGUGCCACAAACGAACAACAUGUACUAUCAAGUGGGCCAAUUUGUCGCCCGUCUGGACAAUGCGUUGAAAUAUUUCCAACAUGAUGCGUAUAAACGACACAGAUCGAUGUGGAUGUUGGAUUCUGUACCGAAAUUAAGCGAUUUCUUGAGCGCUGUUAAGGACGAAGAGAAGAGAGGCAUUGUCGAGGAUGUUUUGGUUGCCUUCGAAAAGAAUGUUUUGGCCAACAUUGAUACGUUCGCCAAAGGCAUAAUUCAUGGUGACUUCAAUGAGCAAAAUAUUUUGGUUAGCAAAAUUUCCGGUGGUGACGGAUAUAAGGUGUCCGGAGUUAUUGAUUUUGGUGACACAUGCUUGUCUUACUACGUCUUCGAAUUAGCCAUAGCCAUGGCCUAUAUGAUGAUUCAGAGCAGAGAACUUUCGACCGGAGGCCUAGUCAUUGCAGGCUACGGUAUGAUCAGAAACAUCCCAGACCAUGAACGAAAAGUAUUAAAGGUAUGUGUAGCAGCACGGCUAUGUCAAAGCCUUGUUCUCGGUGCCUAUUCACACAGCCUGGAUCCAGAAAACAGUUACCUUUUGACCACACAGGAACCAGGUUGGGACUUAUUACAACGCCUUUGGGCUGAACCGGAUAACAAAAUUGAAGAACUGUGGACUAAGACUGCCGAUGGUUAUCUGACGCAGAGCACAAAGUGAUUUGUUUGUCAUUUCUGUAAAUGAGAAUUUAGUGACCUUUUUAGGUGUUCUUUCAAAAGAAUUCUAUAAACGAGAAGCAGGGUCUAAUCGAUCGUUUUAAAGCUUGAAUUUGUUGUUGUUUUUCAUUGUUUUUAAUAAUAAAUUUUUAGAUCAA